UGACAGCCAUCUCUUUUCUUCAUUACUCCCUCUUGUAAAUAUAUCCUUAGCAUCCGCUCCAGUACAUACCCUUUUCUUAAUUAGUUGUAAUCCUUUUUAUUUCUUCUUCUUUUUCUUUCUUCAGUACAGUCAACCAUGAGCGGACGAUACUCUAUCUUGAACAAUGUCUACUUCUUGGGUGGAUUCGCUACCAUGGGCGGUAUGCUCUUUGGUUUCGACAUCUCAUCCAUGUCUGGAGUAGUCGGUACGGAUCGUUACCAAAAUUACUUCAACCGCCCAUCCUCUUCGCUUCAAGGUGGUAUCGUUGCCUCAAUGGCGGCAGGAUCCUUCUUUGGCGCCUUGAUGGCAGGACCCCUUGGUGACAAAAUCUCUCGUAAACGUACUAUCAUGCUUGCAGCAAUGAUCUGGAUCGUGGGAUCGAUUUUACAAUGUGCUGCUGUCAAUGUAGCCAUGCUUAUCGUCGGCCGUAUCAUCAAUGGUGUUGCAGUCGGUUUGGCUUCCAUGAUCGUCCCUGUCUAUCAAUCAGAAAUUGCUCCCAAAAACAUCCGUGGUCGAAUUGUCUCACUGCAGCAAUGGGCUAUCACCUGGGGCAUCUUGAUUCAAUAUUUUAUUCAAUACGGUUGCUCCUUCAUUGAUUCGGAUGCAGCCUUCCGUAUCCCUUGGGGUGUCCAGAUCGUUCCUGGUAUCAUUCUUUUGGCUGGUAUCUCUAUUUUCCCUUACUCUCCUCGUUGGUUGGCUGAUAAAGGCCGUUCAGAUGAAGCGCUUCAAGUCUUGGCUAAUUUACGUGCAAAUGGAGACAGGAACGACCCCGCUGUCAUGGCAGAGUUCCAGGAGAUCGAGGAUGCUAUCAACUUUGAUAAAACCUUGGCUGCUCGUUCCUAUUCUGAACUGUUCAAGUACCCUAAUGCUCGUCGUGUCUUCCUUGGAAUAACUUUGCAAUCGUGGUCUCAACUCACAGGCAUGAACGUCGCCAUGUACUAUAUUGUCUACAUCUUCCAAGGCGCUGGUAUCACAGGCCAAAACGCCAACUUGCAGGCCUCCUCCAUUCAGUAUGUCCUCAACGUCGUCAUGACCAUUCCAGCAAUCCUCUUCAUUGAUAAGUGGGGCCGUCGUCCUGUUCUCUUGGUCGGCUCCACUUUCAUGGCUCUCUGGCUCUUCCUCAUCGGUGGACUCAUGGGCAAGUACGGUAGUUCUAUCAAUUUUGAGGGUAAUAAGACCACUACCUGGGCCAUCUCUGAUAACGAUGCCGCCUCCAAAGCUGUCAUUGCUUGCUCUUAUCUCUUCGUCUGUUCCUUCGCCAUCUCUUGGGGCCCUGUCUCUUGGACCUACCCGGCUGAGAUCUAUCCUCUUCGUAUCCGCUCCAAGGCCGUAUCACUUUCGACAGCUGCUAACUGGGCUUUCAACUUCAUUUUGGCAUAUGCUGUCCCCCCAGCUCUGGAGAAUAUUCAGUACCGUACUUACUUCAUCUUUGCGGCUUUCUGUGUUGCCAUGACCAUCCAUGUCUUCUUCAUGUUCCCAGAGACCAAGGGCCGUACUCUUGAAGAGAUGGAUGAGCUCUUCAACUCGGAUAUCCCUGCCUGGAAGACCCGUGCCCUCCCUGCCUCCAAGCUUGAACAAGACAUCGAAAAUAUCAAGAUGCAACAGGCUGGUGAGAAGGCCCCCAACACUGCCGCUGGACAUCAAUAGACCCUCUUUUAUAAAAAAAAGAAGAGGUCUUUUUUUUCCCUCUCACUCUUGCCUUAUUACAAUAGCUAUGUCUGCAUCCUUGAAUAUCCACUCAUAAUCAAUACCCAUUUAUGCGUAAUAAUAACAAAAAUAAAAU